AGUUGGCUAUUAGUAAUUAAAAUAGGCUAUUGUUUUCAUCUUUCUAAUGAUUACUACAAUAAUGUUUUUUAUUGUUUGGACAUUUGUGGUGUGAUAGAGUGCGUUUUGCUGUAGGCUGUACGGUUUAUAAUGUUGGGUAGUCCGUCAAAUAACGGAGGCAUUAGAAUGCUGGUUCCCCCAGCAUCCAAUGACGACCGUCGGGUUGAGUUCGUGGCCCUCACCGCUGUUCACACUGAAAGAAGCGAACCGUCAAGUCCAGAACGCGGACACCCUUCUCACCGCACCGGCUUACUGGGCACACCGCUGCCGGUGCCACCGGGACCAAGGGCGACCCCUUCUGCCUCCAGCAAGCGCUACAGAAAGUUACAAAACUGCCUGUACAACGUGCUCGAGAGACCCAGAGGAUGGGCAUUUAUCUAUCACGCCUUCAUUUUUCUCCUGGUGUUAAGCUGUCUGGUGCUUUCUGUUUUCUCAACCAUUCCAGAUCACCACACAGUCGCCAACGAGGGGCUCUUCCUUCUGGAGUUUGUGAUGAUUGUGGUUUUUGGGCUGGAGUAUUUUGUGAGGAUCUGGGCCGCUGGAUGUUGCUGCAGGUACAGAGGAUGGCAGGGUCGAUUACGCUUCGCCAGGAAGCCCUUCUGUGUUAUAGACUUCAUUGUCUUUGUGGCGUCGCUAGCAGUGAUAGCAGCGGGCACACAGGGAAACAUCUUUGCCACAUCAGCUCUUCGCAGCAUGCGUUUUCUGCAGAUCUUGCGUAUGGUGCGCAUGGAUCGUAGAGGAGGCACCUGGAAGUUACUGGGUUCCGUAGUGUAUGCUCACAGCAAGGAGCUUAUCACAGCCUGGUACAUCGGCUUCCUGGUGCUGAUCUUUGCCUCAUUCUUGGUCUAUUUGGCUGAGAAGGACAAUAAUCAGGAUUUUAACACUUAUGCUGACUCCCUCUGGUGGGGAACAAUAACCCUCACUACGAUCGGCUACGGUGACAAGACUCCACACACCUGGCAAGGUCGGCUUUUAGCAGCUUGCUUUGCCCUGCUGGGAGUGUCCUUCUUUGCCCUGCCUGCUGGCAUUCUGGGUUCAGGUUUUGCUCUGAAAGUUCAGGAGCAGCACAGACAGAAACACUUUGAGAAGAGGAGAACUCCUGCUGCCAACCUCAUACAGGCUGCAUGGCGUCUCUACUCUACAGAUGCACAGCACUCAUAUCUCACAGCUACCUGGUAUUUCUAUGACAGUAUGCUGCCGUCCUUCAGAGAACUGACAUUACUGUUCAGUCACCUGCAACGGCAGCGUAGCACCAAGAAGGUUCUACACAACUCCUACCACACCUUGCUGUCGGGGCUCCGGCCGUAUAGCUCCCCCUACCUGUCGGGGGACAGUGGGAAAAUGGGAUUCCGCGACCGCAUUAGGAUGAACAAUUCACGCUCUUCUCAGGCUAUCCGGAGCAAGGCUUCUCCUUUGCCCCCAGGGAAUGUACGCCGCUCACCCAGCACAGAGAAUGUUCCAGAAGCCACUAGCCCUGGCAAGGUCCAGAAAAGCUGGAGCUUCAAUGAUCGAACUCGAUUUCGUACCUCUCUCCGCCUAAAACCACGGCCUGCUGCUGAUGUUUACGGAGUGGGAGAAGAGAGCACAGAGGACAAAUCUUACUGUGAUGUUGCCAUGGAAGAUGUGAUACCAGCAGUGAAGACCCUAAUUCGAGCUGUUAGGAUUCUUAAAUUCCUGGUGGCCAAGAGAAAGUUUAAAGAAACCCUGCGGCCAUACGAUGUAAAGGAUGUGAUUGAGCAGUAUUCAGCUGGACACCUUGAUAUGCUUGGCAGAAUCAAAAGCCUGCAGAUGAGGGUGGAUCAGAUUGUAGGCCGUGGUGCCAUUCCAUCAGAUAAAAAGGUGAGGUCUGAAAAAGGAGAGAAAACUCCUCCCGAACUGGAACACAUGGAUGAAUUAAGCAUGAUGGGGCGUGUAGUUAAGGUGGAGAAGCAGGUGCAGUCAAUUGAAAACAAGCUGGACCUGCUGCUGAACUUCUAUUCCCAGUGCCUGAAAAAAGGCUCGUCCCAUUUUACCCUGUCCUCUCUGCUUGAACCUGACUCAACCUCUGACUACCACAGUCCCACUGAUCAGCGCGAUCUUUUCCCCUCCGCAAACACCCUUAAUAUCUCCCACUCAGACAGUGGCAACAUGGAAUGACCCACAUGGGGCGACUGAAGAACUGAGGUCACCCAGCAGCCCCAGGCUGACUGUAGCAUCAGGGCACUCAUCCAAAGGCUAAAUACCUCCCUACAAUAUCCCAGCACCAAAAUACUGCUGCACCCUUGCAUGGGUUCUUCCUUUGCACAGUGGAUGGUGGCACCUUGCUUCCUCUGCUAGACUAUGCCAUGCAAACACCCUGGUAUUUCACAAUGUCCGAUUUUUGUUUGUUUGCUCCUAGUUAUGGUAAAACAAAAUACUCUUUCUUUUCCAGUCAACUAUCAUGCUCCUGUGCCUGUUUGCAUUUCAUUUAUCAGGAACGUUUUGUCUGAGAAGUAUUGUUACAUUGAGGUUUACUCGGCUUUCUGUGUUGACCAUUUGGAGUCACACCAGUAGAUGGCAGAGUUUAGUUUGCUAAACUACUGAGUACCAACUCUUAUUCAGUCUUCCAGAACAUGUUGGGACAAAUCACUGUCAUUGCUCCAAAACUGUCUCCUCUUUUUGAUUGAAUAUGUUAAUUGUUGUACAUUAAUUUUUUCAUUCAUGUUAUUUCUUUCUGGAACUCUUGGUGCCAACAUUGUUUCUUGGUUUUGCGUUGUCAUGGGUUUUUGAUAAUCAAUAGUCUCCCAGAGCAAUUCUAUUUUUCUGUCUUUUUUUCUAACAAAUCAGGGCAUUGUGAAUCUGAUCUGAAUAGGAUUUUGGACUCUUCUUCACGGCCUUGGCCUUACACUUUGACCUGAUGCAAUAGACUCCUUGUGCCACAAGAAUUUGCUGUGCUUCAAAUGAAUGCACUGCAUUCAGUACUCUUACCUUGUCUGUUUAUCAUUACCAUUAUCCUUCAAGUGAAUGGCCUCAAAGACAGGAGGACAGCAUGAUGAACUCUGUAACCAAGGGAUAUUGGACGGCAUCUUCAGGAAAGCAUCAUCGCCAGUCAUUUUGUUCUUUGCAUGAAUCAUCAGCUCUCACUUCUUGGCACUUCAGACAAGAAACAACAUACCCAAAUGGGUUUAUGUAAGGGCCUAAGGUUUCCCUCCCGUAUUGUGGCAAACUCUUGGAAGCAUGUUGGGUCACUCUUUUCUGCCACAGCAUUAUGAAAGCCAUACUUGCAAAAAACACAAACACACACACACACACACACACACACACACACACACACACACACACACACACACACAAAAUAAAUAAGCAAAAUUAUUCUUUAAUGAAAUAACCAGCAUUAAAGUGCAUGUUAGAAUGAGGCAGUGCUUUGAUUAGUCAAGUUUGUUUUAAUUUAGUGGGAUUAAUUAUAGAGGCUGUUCAUAUGCCCCUCUCUGCCUUGCGGCCCAUAUCCUCAUUCUGCAUGUGCGUCAGAACUCCAACAAUCAGAGGGCCACUGUUCGGAAGUCUAUAUUUCUUUCCUCCCUGUAUGCGACUCUCAAAUAGUUGAGAUUAGAUUGAGAUUUAACACGGAGGUCUUACACCAGACUGUUAACCUUGCUAUGACCUGACAAUGAAUACCUUGCUUUUGCUCCUUUUAUCAUCCCUGAGAAGUCAAUAGGUCAAAGGUCUGGCACGAUUAAAUACUUAUCAUGCAUUUUCUUCUCUCUUGUGAUCAUUCAAUAAAAAAGUAAUUCUCAUGUUCUCUCACACAUGCCAUUAAAGGGAUAGUUCACCUAAAAAUGAAAAUUCUGUUAUGAUUAUCAUCCUGAUGUUGUUUCUUCACUGUGAAUGGUGACUGAGGCUAGCGUUCUGCCUAACAAGUAAUAUGGGAGUGGAACAACAUUGGUAAGGAAAUGAUGAUAGUAUUUUCAUUUCUGGGUGAACUGUCCUUUAACCUCAGCCAUGUACAGACUCAAAAGUAUUUGGGAGGACUGAGAGAACUGAGAUAUAUGGACAAAAGUAUUGGGACACCUACACGAGCUUUUAUGACAUCCCAUUCUAA